GAUGUUCGGUACUACAGCGAGGAGAGCGAGGUCGACAUCCGUGACCCCAUCAAAGACUACGAGCUCUACAGAGAGACUUGCCAGGAGCUCCAGCGGCUGAUGGCGGAAAUCCAGGAGCUGAAGAGCAGAGGCGUCAAGGACAACGCGUCGGAGAUCGAUGAGCGGCGGAUUCAGAGCUGCGUCCACUUCAUGACCCUGAAGAAGCUCAACCGGUUGGCUCACAUUCGGCUGAAGAAAGGCAGAGAUCAAACCCACGAGGCCAAGCAGAAGGUCGAUGCGUAUCACCUGCAGCUCCAGAACCUGCUCUAUGAGGUGAUGCACCUGCAGAAGGAGAUCACCAAAUGCCUGGAGUUCAAGUCAAAACAUGAGGAGAUCGAGCUGGUGAGCCUGGAGGAGUUCUACAAAGAGGCUCCCCCCGAAAUCAGCCGGCCUGCCGUCACCCUGUCUGAGCCCCACCAGCAGCCCCUGGCCUCCCUGGAGCUGGCAGAGAAGUACAAGGAGUGCCUGACCAGCAAGGAGAAGAUCCUGAAGGAGAUCGAGGUGAAGAAGGAGUAUCUGAGCAGCCUCCAGCCUCGACUCAACAGCAUCAUGCAGGCCUCCCUGCCUGUCCAGGAGUAUCUCUUCAUGCCUUUCGACCAGGCGCACAAGCAGUACGAGACAGCCCGACACCUCCCGCCGCCUCUCUACGUCCUCUUCGUCCAAGCCAGUGCCUACGGUCAGGCCUGCGACAAGAAGCUUGUGGUGUCCAUUGAAGGGAGCGUAGAGGAAGCCAAAGCCCUGUACAAGCCGCCUGAGGACUCGCAGGAUGACGAAAGCGAUUCUGACACGGAGGAGGAGCAGACCACGAAGCGGCGCAGGCCCACCCUGGGCGUGCAGCUGGACGACAAGCGCAAGGAGAUGCUGAAGCGGCACCCCUUGUCCGUCACCGUCGACCUGAAGUGCAAAGAUGACAACGUGCUUCACCUGACCUUCUACUACCUGAUGAACCUCAAUGUCAUGACGGUGAAAGCCAAGGUGACGACUGCCAUUGAGAUGACAACCGCCAUCAGUGCGGGCAUCCUGACCUUGAGCGACUAUGUGACCGAGCUGGGGCACCCCUACGUGUGGGUGCAGAAGCUGGGCGGCCUGCAUUUCCCCAAGGAUCAGCCUCAGGCAGGUCACAGCCCCUUCCCUCUCCACCGGAACACGGAGCUGGGGUUGCUGCGGUCGAGGCUGCAGCCCCGCCUGGCUCUCCACAAGCAGUUUGCGUCGCUCGAGCACGGCGUUGUGCCGGUCUCCAGCGAGUGCCAGCACCUCUUCCCUACCAAGAUCGUCUCGCGCCUGGUGAAGUGGGCUGCCAUUCCCUACGAGGAUUACGCGGAGCUGCCCUACACCAAAGAUGUGAUAGAGGCCGGCUUGGCCGAAGACACUCACCUCUACUACAUGGCCCUGAUAGAAAGGGGGACAGCCAAGCUCCAGGCUGCUGUGGUCGUGAACCCCGGUUACUCCACGCUGCCGCCCGUCUUCAGCCUGUGCCUGAACUGGAAGGGAGAGCGAAACAGCAGCAACGACGACAACAUUCGGGCCAUGGAGAGCGAGGUCAACGUGAACUACAAGGAGCUGUGGGGGCCCAAACCAGGCCACCAGCUCCUCACCAACCAGCUGCAGCGCCUGUGCAUGGUGCUGGACGUCUACCUGGAGACGGAGCCCCACGACCCCAGUGUGGAGGGGCCCAAGGAGUUUCCCCAGGAGAAGAUGUGUCUGCGCCUGGUCAGGUCAGAGCUGGGGGGACGCUGGGGUGCACCUCACGGCUCCCUGCUCAAGGUCCUGUCCUGCGGCUAG